AUGUCCUGCAUUAUAGUGGGAUGUAAAUCCCAUUCCUCUAGGAAAAAAAACGACUCCGAAAACAUAAACUUUCACCGUUUUCCUACGGACAUCAAUUUAAGACUAAAAUGGAUCGACAAUAUUGCACGUCGCAAUUGGGAGUGGAAAAAGCACCACCGUAUUUGUUCCAGACAUUUUAAAGAUGACUGCUUUAUAAAUUUUGAACACAAAUGGCGCAGGUUGAAAUUAAAUGCUAUAUCUUCACUACAUCUGCCGGAUAACAAACAUUAUAGAAACUAUAGCAGCCCUGCAUCUACACUUGCGACUGCAUCAACAUCCAGUGUGUCUGAAAAGAAUAUUGCAUCAACAUCCAGUGCAAUACCGAAGAUUGCACCUACACCAGCCAGUACAACAUCAACCAGCACAUCUGAUUCUAGUGCAAAAUUAACUACUACAGUUAGAUUUAGUUCGACACCAAGUCAGCAAGAAUUAAUUAGUUGUGUAUCUAAAUUAGAACAGGAUUUAGAAAAACUGCAAAAACUUGCCAAAGGACGACUGUUGAAAAUAAAUUCUUUGCGUCAAAAGGGAAGACGGUUAAAAAAUAAAAAUCUGGAUUUAAAGUUGAGAUUAGAAAAAUUUUUGAAUGAAGAAAAAAUAGAAAAAGAAAAUUUGCUGAUAUUAGAUUCAGUGAAAAAUAAUCCAAUAAUCUACAGAAAGAAAUGGGAGACGAUAAGCGUAAAUACUCUUUGGAAUUGA